AUGGGCCACCGCCAUAGAUUUCUCUGCAUCACUUCUGUGCUUCUUCAGCCCCUUGCCGGGAUGUCACGGCCAGGAACCGCUGCAGAAUGCUGGCAAGCUGGCUUUACCUACGAGCGCUGCUGCUUGCGAAGUUUUGGUCCAGAUGCAACCUGUUUCCCACCUGGCUAUGGCUUCGACGAGACCAGCUGCUGCUCCGGCUUGCUGCAGGCACUCCUCGCAGCACAGCACAGAGGAGACGACGGCCCGUCCAGGGCUGAAGCUUCGUGGCUCGGUGUGCGAAGAUGCGCAGAGAGGAGCAAGGAAGAAGCCGCCAGCGAGCCUGCCAGUCUCGUAGGAAAUGAGUUUCUGAAGACACUGACUUGCAUCGCUUCGCUUCCCUCUGUGGACAUCGUGAUGGAUACCUUUCUGGGGGGAGGCUUCAGCUGUAAAGCGAUAGCCACGGGGCUGGCCACAUCGAAACCUCGCAAGAGGCCCCCUACGGUGCUGGCUUUUGAGAUGUACGAGGACCGGAUAGACUCGGCACUCAAGCUGCUCAACGAGGUGCCCCUUCCGCUGAAGUCGCCAAUUGUUGCGGACAUUGUCAAGGAGGAGGGGGAGAACAUUCCACUAUCGAAUGACUACAAGGAGAAACUGUACCGGUACCAAAGCGACCUACUCGAGGCCUUGCAAUCAGCUCCAGUGCUGGACAAGGAGCCUUUGCAGAUGGUCUUCGCACACGGUACCCCUUUGGCGCGCAGAUCUCUCAGACAUUAUGCUUGGAACGCGCUGGACAUUGCUUGCCAGCACUUGGCUCCUGUAGAUUUGGUCGUCAUCGAUCAGGAUUUUGCAGACGUGACCAAGGAGUGGUUCAUCAUUGAGACUGUUUGCCGUCCAAGGUUGGUAGCCUUGUUCAAUGUCAACAUCCAUGGCGGGGGCGGCUGGAUCAAGAAUCGGCUUGAAAUCCUGGACAACUGGCAACUGGAAGCCAAGGGCGUGCUCAAGUUGGGCGAUUCCAUGUGGCUUUCCAUGACAGAAGUGCGGAGAUUGCGGGCUUGGACAAUUUUUUCCAACCUGGCUGUGCAUCCAUAA